CCCAGAAAAACAAAAUCAAACAAUCAAAAAUAAAGAAAACAAAAUGCUGUUCUUCCCAAAUUUCAACCUUUUGACCUUCGCAAUUCAUUGUGUUUUCAACAACAACAACACCAGAUGAACAACGACAUCGACCAUUAUCACCAUCACCAUCACCAUCACCAUCAUAUCAGCAAUCAUAAUAAUAAAAAUGGAUAUGAAACGAACAAUGACGAUGAACUGGGACGGACUAGGAUGUAAUGACGAAGAAGACGAAGACUUCUUCGAUAGCAACAACCGUAUCUCCGCCGUGGUGCCGAUGGAUAUGUCUGAUGAAGACUCCUCUGAUGAAGAGUUUGAGGACCCACGGAUGUCCUUCACGUCUGUCUUCUCAUCAUUGUCAUCAUCAGAGGGAGGUUCAGAACCUAUGAAUGUGUUGUCCCCCAUCCCACCAUUGAUACCGCCGCCGCCGUCGAAUGAAGAUUACGACAUUUGGAUGGAAGCGCCCACAUCAAUACAAGAGCGUCGAAGAAGGCUGUUGCAGGGGAUGGGGUUGAACAGCAACAGGGAACUUAUUAGGCUUAGAACAAUGGCUAUGUCUAAGAAGUUCCCUGCUACUGCUACCGCUACUGCUGCUGCUGGAGAAGAUAAAGAACCCAAGACAAUUAGCGGAAAUCACAACAAUGAUCAGAUUGAGGAUCAUUCCACAGCUUUUUCUCCUUCUCCAGAUGCUUCUGUUAUUCUGGUCAGGUCACGAUCCGAUGGCGACAUUGAUUCGUUCUCGAUUGAGACUAGACGAAGGAAGGAGUAUUUAAUUGGUGACAUUUCUAAACAGAGGCUAACUAGAACAUCGUCAACUUUUGUUCCUUUUACUCGUCUUUGUAAAUUGAAUUAUAACUCUGUUGACGAUCACAAUCACUAUGAGAAAAAUAAAAAGAGCAGCACGAAAACAGGUAAAAAAGCAAGGUCGAAUCAGCAAAAGAAUGGCGGUGAACAGUUAGCUGCAUUCUUCUUGAUAAAGAAUUUAGAUACAGGAAAAGAGUUUGUUGUAAAGGAAUUUGCAGAAGAUGGAAUGUGGAACCGUCUUAGUGAUCUUCAAACAGGGAAGCAAUUAACAAUGGAGGAGUUUGAGAAAUCCGUAGGGUAUUCCCCUGUAGUAAAGGAGCUAAUGAGAAGAGAGAAUAGCAGCGUGGGUAGUACUGGUACUUCCCUUGAAAGGAAAACCAGUGUCAACGCUUAUUUGUCUAAGAGUUUCCGGUACAGCAAGAGGAGGGGAGUUUCUCUUCUUAAAAACAUCAACAAAGUGGCAAAUUCCGUCACCGGUUUAGGCGGUUCUACACCGGAAAAAGAACAACCACCCCCACCUCCAUAUCCUAUUCCCAGUCCGGAUUCACAAAAAGGCGGGAAAAGUAAUACUAAUCAGAGCAAUGAAUGGGUGAGAGUGAGGAGUCAGGGGAAGACAUAUAAAGAGUUUACAGCAUUGAGACUAUGUCAAGAAUUUCAGGCACAUCAAGGUUCAAUCUGGACCAUUAAAUUUAAUUUCGAUGGACGGUAUUUGGCAAGUGCAGGUGAAGAUAAAGUGAUUCAUGUAUGGGAAGUUCAAGAAUGUGAAAUUGCUUCAUUAAGGCCACCUGAAGAAUCAGCUAAUUCUACCCCGCUUCAUCCAAUGUGUUGCCCGUCACCUGACCGGGAUAAGCCCCCUCUUGCCCCGGAUUUGUCUACGUUGGAGAAGAAGAAGAAAGGGAGAUCGGGUAGUCGUAGAGGAGGAGGUAGCAUGCCUGAGUAUGUUCAGUUGCCUGAGACUGUUUUUGCUCUUUCAAAUGAACCUGUUUGUUCUUUUGAAGGUCAUUUGGAUGAUGUGCUAGACCUUUCCUGGUCUAGAUCUCAGUAUUUGCUGUCAUCUUCAAUGGACAAAACUGUGAGGCUGUGGGACUUGGAGACAAAGGCUUGUUUGAAGCUGUUUGCACAUAAUGACUAUGUUACAUGCAUACAGUUCAAUCCUGUGAAUGAUGAAUAUUUCAUCAGCGGGUCACUCGAUGCCAAGGUCCGGAUAUGGAGCGUACCAGGUAGACGGGUUGUUGAUUGGACUGAUCUUCAUGAAAUGGUCACUGCUGCUUGCUAUACUCCUGAUGGCCAGGGUGCUGCAGUAGGCUCACACAAAGGGAACUGUCGAAUGUACAACAUAACUGAUGGUGGGAAAUUAAAUCAAACAAUUCAAUUUGAUAUCCAGAACAAGAAGAAAGGAACUCCGAAGAAGAUAACUGGUUUCGAGUUUACAUCGGAAAACCCGAAUGAAGUUCUUGUAACUUCUGCGGAUUCAAGGAUACGGAUAUAUGAUGGUUCAGAUGUAAUACAAAAGUUCAGAGGAUUUAGAAAUACAAGCAGUCAAAUUGCUGCUUCUUGUAGCCCAGAUGGAAAAUAUGUCAUCUGUGGUAGUGAAGAUUCAAAUGUUUACAUAUGGAAGAGAGUAGAGCAUCGAAAUGGUAAAACCAAGACUGUAAUUGACACUGCUUCCUACGAGUAUUUCCACUGUAAAGAUGUAUCAGUGGCAAUUACAUGGCCUGGUAGUAUAAAGUUUGAUCCUCCGAACAUACAAUUGCACUCCAAAAAGAACACCAAAAAACCAACUACCUCUGCCACCAAUUCACCUAAAAAAGAAGAGGCAGGUAAGAACAGCAAGAGACAACUCCCUCCUUUGCCGAACAAGAAGAAAAACAACAGCGCAACAGAGAAGACUGUCAACCACGACAGCAACAACAACAACAACAACAACAACAAUGAGAACCCAAGUAGCAGCAACAUCAGCAGCAAUAAUAAAGAUGAUCACGACAACAACAACAACAACAACAACAACAACAACAACAACAACAACAACAGCAACAGCAACAGCAACAGCAACAGCAACAGCAACAGCAACAGCAACAGCAACAGCAACAGCAACAGCAACAGCAACAGCAACAGCAACAGCAACAGCAACAGCAACAGCAACAGCAACAACAACAACAACAAUAGUGAAAACAAUGUAGAUGGUCCAGAUAGUCCAGAAGCAGAUCCUGCAAAGAUCAGUAGAACAGAUUCAUCAAGAAUAAACGAUUCUUUCAACUCAUCAACAGGAGGAUCAAUUAGGUAUGGAGAUUCACCAUCAUUAACUUCAAACCAUGCACCAUCACCUUCAUGGUCUUCAGGAUGGUCUUGGUUUGAUGGAGGAGGAAGUCAUGGAGGUGAUACAAUGCAAGCUAGAGCAUGGGGAUUGGUGAUUGUGACAGCAGGAUUAGGAGGAGAAAUAAGAGCAUAUCAAAAUUUUGGGGUGCCGCUUAAGGUUGGGCGUCAGUCUAGUAUUUUUCUUGCAUGAAUUCAUUUUUCUUGUCUAAGUUUUUGUUUGUUGGGUACAGUAAUUAAGUACCAUUUUUGGGAUGAGAUUAAGGGAUAUAGAUAUCCAUGGAAAGCAGUCAAGUAUGUAGUGUUUUCAGAUCAUGUGAUCGAUCUGAAUGAUCUUUCAAAUUUGGAUAAUCUCUGUAAAGUUCUAAGUUGUAGGACUGACAAUAGUUUUGGUAGUUUUGGAGCUAAUUUUUUUUAUUUUUUCUUCAUUUUAAAACAUUAGCCAAAUAAGAAGUUUAACAUUGUCGUUUUUAGGAGUUGAAAUUAUUAUU